AUGAUUGUGCCGACUAUUCCACAGUUUUUCAAAGAUAAAGAGAUUUUUAUCACUGGAGGCAGCGGUUUUAUAGGAAAAGUUCUAUUAGAGAAGAUUUUAAGGAGUUGUCCCGACUUCAAAGUCAUCUAUUUGCUUCUGAGAGAGAAAAAGGGCAAACCGAUUGUGGAGCGACUCGAGGACAUUUUACAAAAUGAGUUAUUUAAUUUGGCACGAGAAAAAAAUCCCAAAGUAUUUAAAAAAGUGGUGGCUGUAUCUGGUGACGUCAGUCAACUUCAAUUGGGUUUAAACGAAUCUGACAAACAACUAGUACUCAGAUCGGAAAUUGUAUUUCACGUAGCCGCCAGUGUCAGAUUCGACGAUCCCUUAAGAAAGGCAACCAUGAUGAACACUCGAGGAACCCGUGAAAUUAUGGAUCUAAUGUUGCAAAUGCCAAAUUUGGUGGUUGGUGUCCACGUCUCGACUACUUAUUGCAACACUGAUAAAGACACCAUAGAGGAAAAAGUGUACAGAGACCACGGAGAUUGGAGGGAAGCCAUCAGACUGGCUGAAAACUAUAAUGAUGACUAUAAAUUUGCAAGCCUCACCGAAAAAUGUCUAGGUGGAUUAAAGAAUACAUAUCUGUACACCAAACAUCUAGCUGAAAAUAUUGUAGAAGACUACAGCGACAGACUGCCCUUGGUUUUAUACAGACCAGGCAUUGUCGUGUCUGCGUGGAAGGAACCAAUACCAGGAUGGGUUGACAAUUUGAAUGGGCCUAUAGGUUUAAAUGUAGCCGUUGGAAAAGGUCUUUUAAGGGUGAUGCAUACUGACCCAAAAGUCGUACUGGACUACGCACCAGUAGAUGUAAUUGUCAAAGGCAUCUUGGUCGCUGCUUGGAAUAAAGUGAAUCAAAGGGAUCCACAAAAAAAUCUACCUGUCUACAACUGUUCGGUUGGCGAUAAAUUUAUUUUGACCCAAGAACACGCCUACGAAAUCGGUAUGGAAGUUAACUCGAAGACGCCUUAUAGGACUUUCUGGUACCCAAGAUGCACGUUUACCGAGAGUUGGAUCAAAUUUUGGUUAUUGUUUUUCUUCUACAACAUUAUACCAGGAUCCAUCCUGGACAGCCUUUUAAAAAUCACAGGACACAAACCGAUAUUGAUGAGGAUUCUGCGAAAAGCCUAUGUAGCCAUUUUGGCAGUCGGAUAUUUUGCGACGAGGAAUUGGAACUUCAAAAGUGAUAACUUUUGGGAUUUGCUGCACAAUUUGUUACCCGAAGACAGAAAUGAUUUCGACUACGACAUGAAAACCUUUGACGCCUAUGAAUUUGCAUGGAAUGGUAGGCUAGGUUCAUCCAGGUAUCUUUUGAAGGAGCCAGAAAAUCCUGCCGAAUACAAAAAGAUAUACAACAGGAAUAAAAUUCUGUACUACACAAUAGUGUACGCACUUUUGGGCACUUUGGUCUACUUGGUAUUCUCGUCCAGAUGUUUCAAGUGUAUCGUCAAGGAAUACAUUGUAGUCUAAUCAUAUGUAAAAAUUAAAAUAAAUUUGGUAUAAA